AAGGAACUUUACAUAUCGAACCAUGUUCUUUCAACUCCAGGUAUACCACCAUUUGAGGAUCAUUCAAUCACGGGGCAGAGCGUUGUGCAAUCGCUCACUUUCUAUGGGUGUCGUUUUCCCUUUUUCCCCCUCAUCCUUUCAUUUGCUAAGUUGUUUUAACUAUCCAUUGUUUGCGCGCAUGUGAACUGGAACAGUUCUCAUCAGCUAUGGGUAGUAAUUAUUAAACGACUUGUUUCACUGUGAAUCGAGCAGAUUCGAGAAUUAUCUGAAGAGAACUGUAGCCUUAAAAUUCGCAUGUUAAAAUCCGAAUGGACUUCGUCUCGCACACGUACGGAUCUAGAUUAAUUAAUAAGUACAUGAUACGUGCGGUAGGGUAAUAAACAACCGAAUACCAGAUAUACUACGUAUGUGUUUCACCUCUAAAAAAGAUGCGUCAUCACUCGGUUUAAUUGUGAGAAUACCGGACAAUUUGAUGAGGUUCUCUUUGUUUCUCCUAAUUCCGUCUACCAGGGGGUUUUCAAAGAGGCGAUGGGAGUUAUUACCAACAUCGGCCAUACCAGCUGCGUCCAGGUAAGCAAACGUCCUUGAAGCAAAUGUGUGAAAGACCCCAAGUGUGUGUGUGUGUGUGUGUCAUUGUUUGUGUCGCGUCUUACCAAUAGUUUAGCGCUGUUCCUUUUCCCUUUUUUUCUCUCUUCCUGCGGCUUACUAUACAAUUGUGGAAGUCUUAGUAGCUCAAAGAGAGAAAAAAAAAAAAUUGCCGGGAAAGAAGAAAAACCUCAACCAGGCCAGGUACAACAAAGUCUGCUCACAGUUGGACGGCAAUCGUCAAGAAGUGCGGACGCUAACAAGGUUCCUUCACUUGUAUAUCGGCUCCACGAGAUUUCAAACCGACAGGUUAUUGUUAUAAUCUGAAAAGGUAGACAUGAUGGCUUCCAUUCCUGUAACUUUCCUUAUAACAAUAACAGCUCUGCUGCUAAGAAAUCAGCCGGUUGUCGGUGACAUGUUUUCGGCUUCAGCCGAUUUGGCCAAUACCUUUCGUCUUGAACAACAAGUGGUCAACGUUCUCGGAGAAUUAGUGGCCCAAACGGAAGCUAAAUUGGGAAUUAUUCGUCAAUAUCUGAAAGACUACGAGAGCGUCGUCGAGGAAAAAGCGGCUAGCGAAGGAGAGUUCAUGGAACGCGUAGCCGGAAAUCCGAUCCAUGCUUACCGAUUGAUGAAACGGCUCUAUUUCGACUGGCAAACUGUUGAAAAAGAAAUCAAAACCGACAAUUGGCGAAACGCGUUGAGACAGUUGGAACACGUACGUAUGGGGGCCAAAUUCCCGAAAGAAGAGGACUUUUUCGGUGCAGCCCAAGCGUUGGUUCGUUUACAAGAUACCUACGAGCUAAAUAUGACUCAAUUAGCUAGAGGAAACCUUUGGGGAAGGCAAACACGAGCGGAAUUAACAGCUCAAGAUUGCCUGUUUAUGGGUAAACACGCCUUCAAUGCCGGAGCAUAUGCUCGAGCAGUCGAGUGGUUCGAAGAGUCUUACAUUUUGGCUGGGCAGGAAAACAACAGAACUCUAAGACAGGACCAGGUUAUGGAAUUUAUUCAACACGCCAUCAACAUGCACGACGAUACUUUGCAACAGACGAAAAAACGGCAUCCGAUGGCUGUUCUGUCGCACACCAACUCGUUUCGAUUGCCUUUGAAAGAGAAACCGGCCGGCGUUCAGCGCAGCGAAAUCAUCCGCAGCCGAAAGUACAACGUGGGAAAGCACAUCACCGAUCAAGAUGACGCCACCAAUUUCAACGCACUGUGUAGGGGCGAAACGCUUCUGAACGACAAACUGCUGGCGCAACUCAAAUGUUGGUACGAUUCCCGUCGCCAGCCUUAUUUCCUCCUUAUGCCUAUCAAAAUCGAACAGAAUUCAAUGGAGCCAGCCAUCUACUCUUUUCACGAUGUCCUCAGUGAUGACGAAAUCGAAACGAUCAAACAAUUGGCCAAGCCCUUGUUGGCUCGAUCGAUGGUGCAAGGAAGAACGGGAGUCGGACACGAAGUUUCCAACGUCCGAACUUCCAAAACGGCCUGGCUUCCUGAAGGAUUACAUCCAUUGUUAAACCGUCUAACUCGACGAAUUUCGCUCAUUACUGGCUUGAAAACCAAUCCUAUCAGCGAUGAAGCUGAGCUACUUCAGGUUGCUAAUUACGGGAUCGGGGGUCAUUACGCACCUCAUCACGACUACCUGAUGAAAGGCAAAGCGGAUUUCGAGCUGGGACAGAUGCCACCUCAAGAACUUGCAAUGGGCGACAGAAUAUCUACUUUCAUGUUUUACGCGAAAAAGAAAUACAUGCACCAUCGAGAGCUUCAAGCUGGUGAUCGGAUUGCAACUUUUAUGUUUUACCUUAACGACGUGGAACGCGGUGGGUCGACGGCUUUCCCGCGGGCUGGCGUCGCGGUCAAGCCGGUCAGAGGCGGGGCGGCGUUUUGGUUCAAUUUGAAACGCAGUGGAAAACCUGAUCCUUUGACUCUUCACGGAGCCUGUCCCGUCCUAUUGGGUCACAAAUGGGUCAGCAACAAAUGGAUUCGAGAAACGGCACAAACUUUCAACAGACGCUGCACACUGGAUGCCAACCAAUGAAGAACAGAGGCGGCUGUCGAUGCGGUAAAAAAAAAAGAUGUUUCGGGGGAAAGUUUCAUAAAAAACCGACUACGUUAUUGAUAUGUAAGGGUGUGGACCUGUGGUAUAUGGAUAUUGUUUUAAGAUUAAUUUGUUUAAUUAUUUUAAGAUUGUCAUCACGUAUAGUGGUAUAUUAUUUUUUUGAAAUCUGGUUUUGUUUUAUGUUGGCCUAGUCAAGAAUUUAAAACAAUUUUCCUUUAUGCAUUCCAAAAUGAAAUGAUUUUAUUGGCUCUGGUUCGACCAAUGUGAUUGACUUGUUGUAAUUAUUUUUUUUUUACUUUAAAGCACGCCACGGUUGGUGUGUGUGAUUACAAUAAAUACACGUUACUUUCACGGUGUGUAA